AUGUCGCUCGAGCAAGCAAAAGAGUUGGACAAGAAGCAUCCAACCUAUAAAGAUGACUUCUUCAUCCCCACAUUUGAAUCACUCGGUAUCAAUAAUGACAAAUUUGCAAAGAGCACCGAAUCAAUCUAUUUAUGUGGAAAUUCGCUCGGAUUAAUGCCGAAACAAACAUCGACAGCAAUAAACAAUGAAUUAAAAGCAUGGUCAAUGCGUGGAGUCGAAGCACAUUUCAAUCACCCGCUUGCAAAACUGACCGAUUGGGUUGAUAUCGAUUUACCUUGUGUACCGUUGUUGGCACCAUUGGUUGGUGCAAACGAAAAUGAGGUGGCAAUUAUGGGAUCAUUGACAUCAAACUUGAAUGCAUUGCUUACCCAUUUCUAUAAACCAGAAGGUAAUAGAACAAAAAUUCUUUUCGAAAAGCAAGCAUUUCCCUCCGACUAUUAUGCGUUUUUGAAUAUAGUCAAAUUACACGGGUAUAAUGAUUCGCAUUUGAUUCAGGUGGAAAUACCGAAAGGUGAGACGUACUUGAAAACCGAGUCCAUUUUGUCAACCAUUGAUGCUAAUUUGAAUGAAAUUGCUCUUGUUUGUUUUCCAGGUAUACAAUACUACACAGGUCAAUUCUUUGAUAUCAAGGGAAUCACAAACCACGUUAAGGCCAAAGCUCCAGAGAUUGUUGUUGGUUGGGAUUUAGCUCAUGCUGUGGGUAAUGUACCUCUUCAAUUACAUGAUUGGGAUAUAGACUUUGCCGCUUGGUGCUCCUACAAGUAUCUCAAUGCUGGACCUGGUGCCAUUGCCGGAAUAUUUGUUCAUGAAAAGCAUACAAAAGACAAUACCGCCACACAAUAUAGGCCUAGGUUGGCAGGUUGGUGGGGAAAUAAUAGUGCAGAUAGAUUUAAAAUGUUGGAAAAAUUUGAUCCCAUUGCUUCAGCAUUGAGUUAUAGACAACUGAACCCAAGCGUUAUUGAUUGCGUGGCUUUACAAUCGUCAUUGCAGGUGUUUGAAAAAGUUGGUGGAGUUAAGACAUUGCGUGAGAAAUCAGUGAAGCUCACCCAGUUUUUGCAGGGUUUGUUAACAAGUAGUAAGUACUAUAUCCCACAGGGUAGCACUGAUGAUUCUCAAUUUGGGUUCAAGAUUUUAACUCCAUUAUCACCAAAUGACAGAGGAGCGCAACUUAGUGUCCUCUUCCAACCACAUAGAGAGGACAAAGCUGAGAAUGUGAUGGAGAGAGUCUUUGACUACUUGCACAAACACGCCAUUAUUUGUGACGAAAGAAGACCCGAUGUCAUCAGAUUAGCACCAUUGCCAAUGUACAACACAUUCGAGGAAACAUACAUUGCCAUCGAACGUUUAUUUGAAGCAUUGGAGAGUAUAGCAUCUGACUACGUGUAA